CUCACCUCCCUGCCACUCACCAGCCAGCCGCCUCUUGUCAAGUGAUCAGGCUGUCAACUAAGCUUCUGUAGGGUAAGGUUUCAAGCCAGCUGGAGCGUAUAAAGAUAGGUGCCAAGCCGGAGGCAGAGAGACAACAGUGAAUGGUAAGGGGGCAACUAGAUCCCUGCUGCCCCCUCCUGGGAUGGAGCCCUAAGGAGCCUUAAGGAGGCCCUGUGCUUCCCCUGCCCUGGCUGGACUCACAGCCUCCUCCCUGCACUAAAGCUCAGGACUGCAAAGCGGCCUCUCUCCUUGGACCUCUCUCCUCUCUUCUCUCUCCUGGGCCCCGGAGGGACCAGGCAGAACCUUCUGGGACCAUGGUUGGACUAAAGCCUUCAGAGGUACCUCCCACCACAGCUGUGAAAUUCCUGGGGGCAGGCACAGCAGCCUGUUUUGCUGAUCUCCUCACCUUUCCACUGGACACAGCCAAGGUUCGCCUGCAGAUCCAGGGGGAGAAGCAGGCGACCCAGGCAGCCCAGAGACCCCAGUACCGCGGCGUACUGGGCACCAUCCUGACCAUGGUGCGCACCGAGGGCCCCCGCAGCCCCUACAACGGGCUGGUCGCCGGCCUGCAGCGCCAGAUGAGCUUCGCCUCCAUCCGCAUCGGCCUUUACGACUCUGUCAAGCAGUUCUACACCCCCAAGGGAUCCGACCACUCGAGCAUCACUACCCGGAUUUUGGCAGGUUGCACCACCGGGGCCAUGGCGGUAUCAUGUGCCCAGCCCACGGAUGUGGUGAAGGUCCGGUUUCAGGCCAGCAUACACCUUGGGGCCGGGAGCAACAGGAAAUACAGUGGGACAAUGGACGCCUACAGGACCAUCGCCAGGGAGGAAGGGCUCAGGGGCCUAUGGAAAGGAACUUUCCCCAACAUCACAAGGAAUGCCAUCGUCAACUGUGCUGAGAUGGUGACCUAUGACAUCAUCAAGGAGAAGCUGCUAGACUAUCGCCUGCUCACGGGUGAGGCCCUGGGCUCCAGGGAGCUGCCCUCCCACAGCAGGGAGGAAACCUGGAAUUCCACAGAACAAUUUCCCCUGCCACUUCAUCUCUGCCUUUGGAGCCGGCUUCUGUGCCACAGUGGUGGCCUCCCCAGUGGACGUGGUGAAGACCCGGUACAUGAACUCGCCCCCAGGCCAAUACCGCAGCCCCCUGGACUGCAUGCUGAAGAUGGUGGCCCACGAGGGCCCCACAGCCUUCUAUAAGGGAUUUACACCAUCAUUUUUGCGUUUGGGAACCUGGAAUGUGGUGAUGUUCGUGACCUAUGAGCAGCUGAAACGGGCCUUGAUGAAAGUCCAGAUCCUACGGGAAUCUCCAUUCUGAAUAAAGCAGGGCCACUUAGUACUUAAUUGGAACAAGAACCAGUGGGUCCCACACAAACCCACACAUGUUUACACAACCGGUUUACUUGCUGCUGAGUCAAGAAAUAGAAGCAGAGAAAGGAUUCUGGUCUUCAGUGCUUUGUCUUACAAACACAUUUGUUUUGUACGGACAAGUUGGAAAUUAAAUUAUAUUAAUUUGGGGGACCCAUGAUGUUGGAUGCCUAACAUUUAGGCAAGAGAAAAUAAACCAAAACAUCCAUUUGGAUAAAACAAAAGUCUGCAAACCUAUGUUCUGUAAAAAAAAAAAAAAUCUAAUGAGAUGAUGAAUUGUAAACAGAAAAGACUGCAAGCAUGAGACAGCAGUGGCACAGGACGCCUGGAAAUCAGCUAAAGAGUGUGGAGGUAUGCUACCGAAACAACACAGCUGUGACUGCAGCCUUUGGUUAACCGUGGAUCAUCAGCCACAUGUGUAAUGUGCCUGCCGCUUAGAAGCCACUGGGAUUCUAGAAAAUAGGAGACCAAAAAAAAAAAAAAAAAAAAAAAAGGAGAGAGAGAGAGAGAAUGAGAAAACCUGGAACCUGUGCCAAAAGAACACUGCUGGGCCAGCAUGAGGCUGAGAUUCGUAACUGUUCCUUGAUGACGCUGCAGAAUCAAGAGGCAGACCUCAUCUUCUUUCCCGUAAAAUGGGAGUAAUAAGCCCUUCCCUCCUCUCUCACCAGGGAUGUUAUGAGGAUCAGGUGACAGGGUGGACAUGAAAGCACUUUAUAAAAGCGGUAGCUCUGAUAUUUACAAGUUCUUGGAAAAGAUAUUCUCAGCACAGUAAAGAACUGCCAGGGAAGUUUGUAAGGUUGAAAGGUUGUCUAGAAGUUAGACCAAAGGAGCCAGGGGCUGGGGGGCCAGGGGUGACAGAAUGGUGUGCACUCAUAGAAGGCCCACUCCCACACAGCCCUGGCUUCCCAGCAGGACCGUAACACCUCUGAAGGGUGCCGGGCUUGCAGAAAAAGAGGUAGAUGUAGGCUGACAGCCUAAAGUAGCAGGGCUCAGAGUUCUUUAGGAAAUUAUUAUAAUUCAAUAAAGGGUGUGGGAAUGAGAACA